AUGGAGAGCAUUUCAUGCAUUCCCAAACUCCCUUCUUAUUACCUCCGCCAAUCUUCUUGUAGAGGUCUUAUUUGUUCACUGUUUCGUUUCCUACUGAUCUUCCUCUUCAACCCUUUCAUUUUUGAACUUGGUUACUUUUUAAUGAUCUCUUUCUUGGGUUAUUUGGCUUUGAUGGUCACAAAACCAGGAACUAGAACUUCCUUUAGACCCAAGGACUUUGAUUUGUUCUUCACAUCUGUGUCUUCUGCAACAGUAUCAAGCAUGUCAACUGUAGAAAUGGAGGUCUUUUCAAACACCCAACUCAUCAUUAUGACAAUUUUGAUGCUUUUGGGUGGAGAGAUUUUCACUUCCAUGCUUGGACUUCAUAUUGCGAAGUCCAAGAUUGCCAAAUUUCAUGAUAACAAAGUUGAUGUGGAACUCAACUCUUCUAAUAACAACUUCUCUGAUCGAAUUGAGUUAGGUGUGGUCACCCUUUCACAGUCAGAGAGUGAGCAGAAACCUAACAUUCAUAAUGGUCUAAAAACUUUUGAAAAGAAUAGUUCUACUAUCAAAUACAAGUGUAUUAAGUGUCUUGCCUAUGUGGUUUUAGGUUAUCUUCUAGUGGUUCAUAUAGGUGGUUCAACUUUAAUUUCAUUGUACAUAAUCCUUGUGCCUAGUGCAAGACGAGUACUCAAAAGCAAAGGCAUUGAAAUCCAAACCUUUGCUGUUUUCACCACAGUUUCCACCUUCGCAAACUGUGGUUUUGUCCCCACCAACGAGAAUAUGAUCGUUUUCAAGAACAACUCUGGGCUUCUACUUCUUCUAAUUCCUCUACUGCUUAUCGGAAACACCUUAUAUCCGGUGAUCCUUCGAUUUACGAUAUGGUGUUUGGAGAAAAUCACCAGGAGGAUGGAGUUCAGUUACAUGUUGAAGCAUUAUAAUGAAUUAGGUUAUAGUCAUAUGUUAUCUGGUCUUCAUUCUGUUCUUCUACUUGUCACUGUCCUGGGGUUCAUAGCAGUUCAGCUGAUACUGUUUUGUGCCAUGGAGUGGAAAUCAGAAGCCAUGGAUGGUCUGAGUGGCUAUCAGAAGUUUGUGGCGUCAUUGUUUCAAACGGUGAAUUCCAGGCAUGCUGGUGAAAUGGUUGUUGAUCUCUCCAUCAUCUCUCCUGCAAUCUUGGUGCUUUUUGUCUUGAUGAUGUAUCUUCCACCGUAUACUACAUUUGAUCCUGCAAUUGGUGGUUGUCAAGAAGAGAGACAAAAGAUGAAGGAAGACCCACUCAACUUCAACGUCUUGAAUGUUGUCACAGAAGUAGUAAGUGCAUAUGGAAAUGUUGGGUUUUCAACUGGCUACAGUUGCAAACGUCGACUGAAUUCUGAGGGUGAUUGCAAAGACGCAUGGUACGGAUUGGUUGGAAGAUUUAGUACUGAAGGAAAGUUCAUCCUCAUUCUUGUCAUGUUCUUUGGAAGGCUUAAGAAAUUUAGUAUGAAGCAGGGUAAAGCAUGGAAGCUAUCCUAGCAUUCAAAGUAUCUCUUGUCUCUGUAACUAGCUAUGUUAAUUUGUUGUGUGUGAUGUACUAGAGCUCCAGUCACCUGUUGCUUGCACUAUUGAAUUUCAAAGUAGAUGCAUGUAAUUAUUAU